AUGGCCCAAAUUUGUGCUUCCUCCAUCUCUAACACUGGCUCUCCCUCCAAUAUACAACAGUGGCUUACCAAAAAUAUCAAUAAGAAAGUGGAGAAGUGUAUUUUGCCUAAUGGAACGAUUCUUUUAGAUAAGACAUCUAUGACAAGCAUUUCAACUACAUCUCCAAAGAUUGUUUAUCCUGAUACUUCAAAGAUGGUGAUCUAUGAUCCGAAGCAUACUCCUGAUUUCUCAAAGAUAUCUAGACUUACAAACUUCGAGAUGUCUAGUCCUCAGCAUGUGAGGGAAAGGGGGUCAGAGUGUUCUGGAACAAAUGCAUUUGAUGAAAUUCUGAAAGCUACACCACCUGCUUUGGUAGCAUUUUUGGCAAAUCUACCAGCAGUUGAAGCAUUUGUUGAAAAGCCAACUAGGAUGAGUUUUACUUAUUCACUAGCCAAUAUGAAGAGCUCGAGCAAUGCAUUUCAGGAAUUCUGCAACCUGGAGCUUUUCAUUCUUAGUUUGUCAAUUCAUAGCCCAACACCAAAUGUAGAUAUCGUGCUAUCAAUUUGUUUACAGAGUGAUCUACCAACAGGACAAAGUGCAAAAACAGGGAUUCCACCUGGGAAAGCAGGGAUUCAAUCACAGUUGCCAGCAGGUUCUGCUCCUGCUACAAGUGAACUUUCUGGCUCCAGCAAGUCUCACCCUGUUCCAAGUGGUGUAUCUUUGAAACCAGGCAGUAAUAGACAAUAUGGGAAAAGGAAGGAAUCAGACAAGCAGGUUUAUCCUUCUAGUUCUAUUCGGCUCGCUGCCAGUCGUCGGCCAUUGCUAGUUGCUGCUGGUCGUUUUGGUUACUGUCAGUCACUGCUGGUCGUUUUUGUCACUAUUAGUCACAGCUGGCCCCUGCCACCGUCGUUCGCUGUUGUUGCUACCCGCAGUCCGUUUAGGGACAUCAAGCGGCAGUGGUUGCAUAGUCGAGAUGAGCUGAACAAUGUGGUUGCGAGUCUUAACUGUGAAUUGGGCGACAACGGUGGCUCUGACAAUAGAGGCGGUUCUUAUGGCGACUCUUGCAACGGUGACAUCUUCGGCUACAGUGACGGCUUCGGCUCCAUAGGUGGCAGCACGUGCAGGAGUAGCAGUGGUGAUAGGCAAGAGGAUGAUGAUACUACCACUGUCCAAAGUCAACCUCUUCCACGAGAUGCUUUCCGGAUACGACAGUAUCAGAAAGCUCGAGCCAGCAGUGCAUCCCAAACAGGAUCAGUUUCAUAUGGAAGUGCAUUUUCUGGAGAUUUAUCUGGCAGUACCGGUUGA